CACACACGGAUAUAUUUUGCCUGACACCUAACAGUUUCCAUCUGGUCCAAUCUCGCUCUUCUUGCGAACUCCCGAGUACGGACUCCUCUACGCUUCUCUGCGCUUUCUUCCUCCUUCAACGGAUUUCCUCUUUCUUUCUCUUCAUUAUUACACUGUGAUUUUAUACAUCUCAGAUCGCAUCUCAUCCCCGAAGCGCAACCAUUCAUGUCUCAUGUUCCACUGAAGGCCGUGACUCUCACGCACGUCCGGUACCGGAAGGGCGAUCAACUGGGCCAUUUCCUGGCCUGGGUCUCGCUGGUCCCCGUCUUCAUCAGCCUCGGCGGUUUCUUCUCCCACUUCAUCUUCCGCCGAGAGCUCCAGGGCAUAUUCUUCGCCAUUGGCUUACUCAUUUCCCAGUUCAUCAAUGAGAUCGUCAAAAAGUCGGUCCAGCAGGCCCGACCCGAAACCUGCGUCAUCCUUGAGACGUGCGAUUCUCAUGGAUGGCCUUCUAGCCACGCGCAAUACAUGUUCUUCUUCGCCGUAUACCUAACCCUCCUCACCCGCCGGAGGCUGGGAUCCUUGUUUCGGUACCAAAUGUGGGUCGCCGUUCUCGUGAUCUGGCCGUUAUCGAUUUUAACCCUCUAUUCGAGAGUCUAUCUGGGAUAUCAUUCUGUGGCGCAGGUUUUGGCUGGGGCGGGGCUCGGUGCCGUGCUUGGUGGCGCCUGGUUCUGGGUGGUUAAUUCUCAAAUUAGACGCCAUUUUCCAGCCAUGGAAGAGACCGCUUUAGGGAGGUUCUUUUAUAUUAAGGACACAUCAGAUAUUCCAGAUGUAUUGAGAUUUGAAUACGAGAAUGCUAGAGCAGCCAGGAAACAUGUCUCUUACAAGCGCUCCCAAUGAUAAUGUGAUUUGGUAUGUUGGAUUUUUGAAUCACCUGUUGACGCAAAUCAUCAUUUUCAAGAUUUUAUUUGUUUGGUCUUGCAAAAAAACUUGUUUGGUUGAAGUAUAUAGGUAUAUCAGUUCGAAAAAAAAAGAAAAAAAAAUAGGUAUAUCAGUUCAAUAAACUGCAAUUAUGAUUGCUAAUACUCCUCAUAGUCAUCAAGCUUGCAUUUUUGAGAAACAUUAGUGUAACACUCAGGUUAUUAAAGAAGGUAAAAGGUAAAAGGAUGAGUGUGAGAAGUGCUCAGUUUGAACAGAUUUCAUCCAUUACUUAUGGUUGUAGUGAAGAUGAAAAGGACAAACACUUCGAAAUGGAGCUAUUUUGUUAUAGACUUAUAGUAUCUUCCGAGGUUGUAAUGGUUGGGCACUCAUGCAUUUGUUGAAGGGAACUUUCAUUAAUAUGUUGUAUGAUAAGUAGAAUAUGUAACUAUUUUUAUUCUUUUUUUUACCAAAUGAAUACUGUGUUUAGCACGAAACAAGAAUAUGCUUACAUACGUACAUGAUCCAUUUUUAAUCCUACUUACAACUAUUUCUUUUUAUUUUAAAUAAUGACAUAAAUAUGGCCCAUGGUUGAUGCUUGCUAAUAUUUUUAAGCCUUGGAGUAUUCCCCAAUUUGCUUUGGAGGGUGGACUCAUAUAAUGGUGUUGACCAAAUUGAAUAACAAUAAGUUAAGUUAUGAGAUCAUAAACAUUUGUCGUAUAUUGGACCCAUUUGGCAAGUUUUCUUUUUUUCAUUUAGUAGAUGGGAGCGGUGGGUGGGUUGUGUUGAAUCUUAGUAUGAUCUCCCUAUGAUGCUCAGAAACUCAUAGGGGGUGACAUUUCUACUUUUCUAAAUCUUUUAUGUAACCUUUAGGAAAUGAUGUUUUUAGUCUCUAAUGAAACCUUUAUUACAACCGUUUUUGCUCUAAAUAAUGUUUCUCGUUGCAUGAUUAUGUUUCCUAUUUUGCAUUUGUGUGCUGCUUAGGGUUCUUGUACACAAAUUCAUUUUGAUAUUCUCUUUGCUUCACACAUUAACAUAAGCUACAUUGUCAUGCUACUCUCUGUAUUACAAAUGUCAAUACUCAAUAUUUGUCAAGUUUGUGCUUUGAGAAACCUUAAGAUGUAUGUUGAUUACUUUUGUCAUUGUGUGUAUUACUAUAUACUCAUAAUGAAUUCAAUGAAGUUCCAGCUCAACAAAGCAUAGUGUGCCACACUAGGAUUAACUUGUCUUUCUGUUUCUUGACAGAGGUACUACAACUAUAGGAGAAUGUAUAGAAGAAAGUGGCCUUCUGUUUCCAGUCUGUACUCUUAGUUAUAGACUUAUAGUAGCUUACAGUGUAAUGGUUACUUGAUUACACACUAUGUAGCACUGAAAUGGGAAAUGGGAUGACGGCCACAGGGAAACAACCGUUUUUAAAGAAGAAAAAUAUUAUUACAAGAAACCCCGAGGGGCAGGUGUAAACAUUAGAAAAAACAUGGGGGAAACACGUAUACUUCUCAUUAAAAACAUCUGGGUACAAAUAUACUUCUCAUUAAAGACAUGUACAAAUAUUAGCCAGUCAAAAGUGUCAAUAGCUAAAAACAAUGAUAUUGUUAUGCUAGAAAGUGCAUUUUAAAUAAUACAGAGUAACAUAUACUCAAACAUAGGAUUGACGACACUGUGUGCCUGGGUCGCUGAUGUGUUUUCUUCCCUAAAAAGCAUGUUUUCUUCUUCUAAGAAAUAGAUUACAAGUUACUUCAUUUUGGAGAACAGCCCUAACACUUGAGUUUUUUAGAAAAUGAGUUUUUUUCUUUCAAUUUUUCUUUGUUCACAGAAAUGACGAUUGUAGAUGUUUAUUUAUGUAUAGAAGUGGCCCCUAACACCCUUCUUGUAUGCUACAUUCAACAUGACAUCCAAAAACAAAAAAAUAUGUUCAGAAAUGUGUGCUUGUUCAGUCUUCUUGAUGUGGCUAGGUAGCUCAUAAACAACUUUUGCUGCUUUGCCCGGAUCGAGCUCGCUGGAAGAACACACUGACAUGGUUUUAGAUUUUAUGACCUCAUAUGACUUGAAUAUUUGGGCUGUGAACGUUCACUUUUGGGUUUGUGGUUCAUACAUUUGCAGAAAAUGCUGUUUUUUUAUGCCAACCACACACAUUUAAAAUAUUAGAUGUAUCCCGUUCUCUUCUAACCUUCAUACAUUCAUCUUCCAUUUGGGAUAUCUUUGGAAAAUAUAUCCUUUCAAUUUAUUUAAUUUUUUCCUUUUUUCAGGAUUAUAGUUCAGGCUUAAAAUACACAACAUAGGCUAUUAUUCUUUGGAAAAUAUAUCCUUUCAAUUUAUUUAAUUCAUUUUCCUUUUAUUCACGGGAAGCAAGUAUUUCAGAAUGCUGAUCUGGUUGCAGUUUCUUUCUCCAAAAUUGCUAGCAUCUGAACUGUGAAUGUUCUUGCUGCUGGCGUUUGAAGAAUCCAUGUUGGCACAUGAAGAGAUAACAGGAAAAAAAAGCAUUGACACCUUCUCACAUGCGUGUUUUAUGGCUUUUUGGACAUGUUAUACACGUAUUGGUUGUGCUUUACAUAUCUCGGAAAGAGUAGGACUAAAUUUUAGAGAAAAUUGCUAAUAGUAUGACUAAAAGAACCGUAGAUUUCUAAAAUAUGAUAUUACAGUUUUUUAUUUCUAAAUUAAUGUUGUUUUGCAUGUAUGAUGUGUGUUUUGUUGCUAUUUUUCUCCCUUCAUUCUAGUUACUACUUACUACUCAUAAAAACAUGUUUAAGCAAGGGAUCCUCCAAAUCUCUAAGUUAGUUAUGUUAUUUAUGUUAUUAAUAUCACAUGCUCUUUAGAGUUGAUGAAUGAACCAAACUCUUACCUUGCAUCAAUUAUGAGCUUAAUAACAACGUACAAUUACAGUAUCUUGAUGUGAGAAACCUAUCACAAUUACAAUAUUAUUAAUAUACACAUUACAAACAACACACAUCGCAGGGUAUAUUUGGAGUUGGUGUUGGCACAGUAUGCAAAGCAUAGUCUUCAAUUUCAGCAUGAAAUUCAGUUCCUUGAUGGACUUCGAUAAUUUUGAACUUGUCCUUUGAGAUGAUGUUCUGCAACACAAAUAAUAAUCAAAUGCUAACAUAUAUUUAAGCAAGUAAAGUUACUAAUGAAAC